CGAGUGAGGAACGAGAAGAUAAAACAGCUCUUUCCUCUCUAGUUUCGCCACUCUCUUCUAGGACUUUUAUGUGUAUAGCUUUUCCUAUUGCGCACUAUAGAGGCUGAAGUAUGGCCAGUUUAAGAACGCUGCGGAAAUUGUGCCAGCGCGCUCAGCACCAUGUAUGUAACCUUCAUUUGUCGGUGUCGAGGCCAGAAGCUGUGGUCAUCUCUGGUAAGAAGCUGGCACGUCAGAUCCGUGAUGAGGCACGUGUUGAUGUAGAGAAAUGGGUUUCAACUGGCCACAGACGACCUCAUCUUAGUGUGUUGCUAGUGGGUGAUGAUCCAGCCAGCCAUUCUUAUGUACUCAACAAGACGCGUGCUGCUGCUGAUGUAGGUAUCACAAGUGAAACCAUACUAAAACCCUCUUCUAUCUCUGAGGAAGAACUGAUGGAGUUGAUUGACAAACUCAAUUCUGACCACAGAGUGGAUGGUCUUCUGGUCCAGUUGCCUCUACCUGAACACAUUGAUGAGCGGCGUAUAUGUAAUGCAGUUAGUCCAGAUAAAGAUGUUGAUGGAUUCCAUGUGGUCAACGUUGGCCGUAUGUGUUUGGACCAGUCCUCUAUGUUGCCAGCCACACCAUGGGGAGUAUGGGAAAUCAUUAAGCGUACAGGCAUUCCUACUUUUGGAAAAAAUGUAUUGGUAGCUGGUCGGUCUAAGAAUGUGGGCAUGCCAAUCGCUAUGCUUUUACACACAGAUGGAAGACAUGAAAGGCCAGGAGGUGAUGCUACAGUUACGAUCUCUCACCGUUACACACCAAAGGAGCAACUUUGUCAACACACACAAAUUGCUGACAUCAUUGUUUCAGCAGCAGGUAUUCCUAACCUCAUCACUGCAGAUAUGAUAAAAGAAGGAGCAGCUGUCAUUGACGUGGGUAUCAACAGAAUACAGGACCCUUUGACUGGAAAGGAUAGACUUGUUGGCGAUGUGGACUUUGAAGGGGUACGAAAGAAGGCCAGCUAUAUCACUCCAGUCCCAGGAGGUGUUGGACCCAUGACUGUUGCAAUGUUAAUGAAAAAUACUAUUAAGGCAGCAAAAAUUCUCCUUUUGACCCCUCCACAGCGAAUGCAUAUGGUAGCAUCCUCCUAACACCCCUGUUUAGCACACUCCUUGUGUUUCAUAAUUCCACAGCCCUCUUUGGGAGCAGAGGGCAAUGCAAUAGCACCAAGUCCUAUUUUUGGUAGGUCACUUGGUUUGUAAAUCACAACACAAGCCAAGUCAGUUAUGCCAUGAACUAUUUGAACAUACUAAAGGCUGAGUGAAGCUUAUUAACUGCUUAUUACUGUUAUGGCUCCUUUUUCAAACAUACAGUUUGAAACACACUUAUGAAAGCCUUGUUAAAUUAGGUGAAACACUAAACUUUGCAGUUCAUUGUUCUUCCAGGAGUCAAGGUCUUCACUACCUGUCUACAUAACGCUUCAAGUGUAUUACUUAAGAGUUUUGCUGUUAGCGCUUUAUAUAUUGUUUUUGUUUUACUUUUGUAAAAGAUGUAAUUUGCAAAUGCAAAAAAUAUUUAAAUAUUUAUUUCUCUUCAAUGUACAGUACCAGUCAAAUGUGUGGACACUUCAAAGUGGUGUCCCGUCCCCCCCCCCCCC